AUGGGGGCUGGCUCUGUGGAGGUCACCGCGCAAAUCGAAUUCAUCAUCACUCCCAACCCCAGACAGAUAGAUCUAUCUGCUGUGCAGCGACCAACUGAGAAGAUGAGCAAGGCCAACAGCGGAAAGGGUAAGGGCGUCUCGGAGCCCUCUGCGCAGAAGAGUGGCAAUAAUGAUCAGGCCGCCAAGAAGGGAAAUGCCAAGCCCGCCAACGUCGGUGAGGCCCGCGGCCAGGCCACUGGCGGUCAGCGUGGCGGUCGCGGCGGCGGUGCUAGCAGGGGAGGUCAGCAGCAGUCCCAGCCGCAGCAGCAGGGUCAGCGCGCUGGCGGUAGGGGAGGUAAUGAUCAGAAGGGGGCCGCGGCAAAGCAGCCCGAUUACCUCAGCAAGUACCCCCGGCUCGAAUUGGAGAAGGAGAACAAGCAGCUGGAUGAUUUCACCGCCAAGAUCGAUGCUGCCUAUUCCGAAUUGGAGGAAAUCCGUCGCCGUAUCGAUGUCAUUCAAGAAGAGCGUAAGGCCAUCCAAGAUCAGGAGCUGGAAUCGCGCGACAAUCGGUCGGAGCACUCGAUGGCGAGGAAGAAGCUCAUUGAUGAGCGUGCCGCUCUUCGCUCGACGUUCGAUAAGGAGAUUAACGCUCGCAGGCGCAAGCUGGAAGAGUUGAACAAGCAGAAGAGGCAGCUGCCCAUCAGCAAGGACAUCAAGGACAGCAAGAAGGUUGUAGCCCUCAAUCUCGAGCAUCUCGAGGCUAGGGAGCGUGCGGUGGAGAUCCAGAUCAAGCGUUCCAUCUCCACCGGUCAGGACAGAGCCUCAUCCAAGGAGCUCGGCGUCAUCGCUGCCCAGAGGCGUCAGGUCAAGGAGUGGGCCAAGUUUGCCGAGGAGGCUGAAGCCCCCGUGAACCCCGCGCUGGACGCUCGCCUCAAGGAACUCGACGAGGAGCUCAAGAAGCUCAACGAAGGCGAGCGCGAGGUCAAGAGCGACGUCAACCGCCUCAAGGACGCUCUUCAGGCCAAGGGCGACGAACUGGGCGCGGCCAAGUUCGAGAGAUCCGCCAUCGCGCAGAGGAUCGAGAAGUUCAAGAAGGACCGGGAUGCCGUCUACGCCGUGAUCCGCGAGAAGAGGAAGGAGCACAACAACAAGAUCAAGGAGCUCCAGAAGGCCGACAGGGAGAAGAAGGCCCAACUCGAGAAGGAGAAGCGCAUCAAGCUCAAGAAGGAGCAGCGCAACAAGGCGCUCCAGGAGCUCUCACAGGCCUACAAGGAUGAGCUCGCCCUGUGCGACAGGCUCACGGCCGCUCUGGUCAAUCGUCAAUCCAAGCAGAAGACCGUCGCCAAGGAGGGCGCCGAGGGUGAGAGCGUGGAGGAGAAGGAGGCUGAGAAGGAGGAGGUGGAGGAGGGCGAAGAGGGCGAGGAGGGCAACGACAACGAGGAGCACGAGGACGAGGAGAAGGACGAGACCACCGCCGCGGAGGAGGAGGAGGGCACCGAGGCUGCCCCCAAGGCCCCCAAGAAGAAGAGGGCGUUCCAGUUCACCAUGGCCACCCACAUCGAUUUUGAGCUCCUCUCCGUCCAGCCACCCACCAGCCUUGACGAGAUUCCCGCCGCGCUCGACAGCAUCUCCCGCAAGAAGGCUUUCUACGAGCGGCUGGCGGCCGACAAGCUGGAGCAGCGAAAGAAGCUUGAGGCUCAGUACGCCGCCGAGCUGCAGGCCCUCGAGUCGCCCCCCAAGAAGGCUGAGAACGGCUCGGCCGCCGCCGGUGGUGCCAACAAGAAGGCUGCCGGUGCCGGUGCUGCCAAGAAGCCCGCCUCUGCUGCCAAGAAGCCGGCCGCCGAGGAGGCCGAGGAGAAGGAGGAGGAACACCAGGACAAUGCCAAGACCAGCGCCGCCAACGAGGAAGACGACGUGGCGGCUGCUGAUGCCUCUGGCGACGCUGACGCUGCUGCUGAGGAGGACGGUGACGAGUAA